AUGAGUGAUACUGAAAACAAAGAGAUUAGUACAGGUUUACCAGAACCAUGGACUGUUCGUUACAGUAAAUCAAAGAAACGCGAAUACUUCUUUGAACCAGAGACUAAGAAAUCCCAAUGGGAGGCACCAGAUGGUACCGACGAGGAUAAACUACAUACCUAUUUGAAAGAGCAUCCUUUACGUGUAAGAUGUCUCCAUAUUCUAAUCAAACAUUCUGGCUCAAGAAGACCUGUAUCAAGUAGGAUCAAUGCUAAGAUUACUAUUGACAAAGAGGAAGCUAUCAAGGAAUUACAAGCUAUUCAUGAUAAACUAACUAGUCAAGAUGAGAGUAAGAAAGGUCAAUUUGAAGCAAUUGCAAAAGAGAGAUCUGAUUGCUCGUCGUUUAAGAGAGGUGGUGAUUUGGGUUGGUUCGGUAAAGGUGAAAUGCAACCUUCAUUUGAGAAAGCAGCUUUUGCACUAACCGUUGGUGAGAUCAGUGAUAUUGUUGAGACAGAUAGUGGUGUUCACAUAAUCAAGAGAGUCGCCUAA